AUGGCAAUGUCAUUAGGAAAUGAUGCAUCAAUUUGGUCAUGGAGUGAUGCUAAUGGUCGAUUACAUCAAAAUAUUGUUGAUAAUUAUACACUUCAUUUAUUAUCUGAUUAUUUGAUUAUUCAACCUAUGAUACGUGAUGCAAAAGAAUGUCUUGUUAUUGAUCGUACUAAUGAAGAAAUUCAAAUUCAAAAUAUUUUACCAAAUGUUGAUGGAGCUAUAAGACGAUCCAUUCAUGGUAUUAUUGGAAUAAUUAAUUUAAUAUCUGGUCCAUAUUUAAUUGUUAUAACAUCUAAACAACGUAUAGGUGAUAUUAAUGGACAUGCAAUUUAUAAAGUUCAAACAACUGAUAUAAUACCGUUUGCACGUAAUAUGUCUCAUUUAAAUGAAUAUCAAAUAAAAUAUAAUACAAAAUAUUUAUCAAUGAUUGAACUUGUUUUACGUACAGAAGCAUUUUAUUUUUCUUAUUCAUAUGAUAUAACACAUACAUUUCAACGUCUUCAAUCAUCAUCAGCUGAUUUUUAUUCAAUGCCAUUUAUUGAACGUGCUGAUCAACGUUUUGUUUGGAAUCGUUAUUUACUUAGUUCAUUAAUAAAAAAUAGAACUACAGCUCGAUUUGCUUUACCACUUAUUCAUGGAUUUGUUGCACUUCAUACACUUAAUAUUAAUGGACGUUCAUUAACUUAUGGUGUUAUUUCAAGACGAAGUACUCAACGUGCUGGUACAAGAUUAUUUAUUCGUGGUAUUGAUGAUGAUGGUCGUGUGGCUAAUUAUGUUGAAACAGAACAAAUUCUUCAAUUAGAUGAUGUUGCUUGUUCUUAUGUUCAAAUACGUGGAUCAGUGCCGUGUUAUUGGACACAAUUACCUGAUCUUCAUUACAAACCAAAAGUAACAGUCUUACCAUCUAAUAAUCAUUUGAUUGCUUUUCAACAACAUUUUGAAGAACAAGAAUAUUAUUAUGGCAAACAAUUUCUUAUUAGUCUUACCAAUCAUCAUGGUGCUGAAGGAAAAUUAAAUGCAAAAUAUCGUGAAUUAUAUGAAGCAAGUCAAAAUAAAUUCAUUAAAUUUGAAGAUUUUGAUUUUCAUAAAGAAUGUGCUGGUAUGCGUUAUGAUCGUUUAACAAUACUUUUAGCUCGUAUUAUAGCUGAUCAAGAUGAUUAUAGUUAUUUUGCCGUAACUAAAAAUGGUAUUUUACAUUGUCAACAAACUGGUGUAUUUCGUACAAAUUGUAUUGAUUGUCUUGAUCGAACAAAUGUUGUUCAAAGUUUAUUUGCUAAAAGAAUUUUAGAAGAACAAUUACAACGUUAUAAUGUUACUCAAUAUCGUGAAACAAUUGAUUCACAUAAACAAUUAAGUAAUAUAUUUAAAAAUGUUUGGGCUGAUAAUGCUGAUGUUAUAAGUCUUCAAUAUGCUGGAACUGGCGCAUUAAAAACAGAUUAUACAAGAACGGGUCAACGAUCAGCAAUGGGUUUAUUUAAAGAUGGUUAUAAUUCAUGUAUGCGUUACGUAUUAAAUAAUUUUUUUGAUGGUUUUCGACAAGAUGGUAUUGAUCUGUUUUUGGGUAAUUAUCGUGUAUCAUCUGAUGAAGGUCGUACACCUGAAUCAUGUCCAAUUAGUAAAGAAUUAAGUAAAAAAUUUUUGGCAUUACCAGUAACAAUGUUUCUUGCUUUUUCAAUGUGUAUUAUUAAUUUAUUAAUACCAGCUUCAUCAUUUCGUGAACAAAUGACUUAUGUUUUAUUUUGGGGUGCCGCAACAAUAUCAACAUUAGCAAUAACAAUUUUUUGGGGACAAGAAUUAGUUGAUGCACCAAAACUUUAUUCCAAAGCUAAACGAGAUUAA